AACCAGGGUACUUAUGACGAUACCUCCACAUUGUAUAGAUUGCAAGCUAGAACCACCUUUCUGCCAUGAAGUCAUAAGUACCAUAUUUCAGUGGCAAGAGAGUAGCACAUAGGUACGACCGUCAAGCUAUAAAAGAAUAUUUGUGAUCAGCAAGCAACAGGCACAUAGUUCUGUACAGGUAGAGUGUCUGAUGCCGAGUGCAAGACACGGGAAAAUAACGAACUGCCCGCCAACUAGAGACGCCCUUGUGUAAUAUUGCUCAGUACCAAUUUCGAAGUGCAACCAAAGGGAGGAAAAAGUAGCGGAAUCGUUGGAGGGUCAAUUCGCCGUGACACGUCAAACUGGCUGCACAAAAUGCGGGGAGUCUCACGUGCUAUGCAGGAUAUAAACCCAGUUAAAGCCAUGCAGAAUCAGAGAGCUACUCACCAACAGAACAAGGGUUUCUCAUAGACUCUCGAAGUAGUUCGUAAUGGAAAAAUACGUGUUUCCCACAAAGCCCAAGGCUAACCUGAAAGCGAUAAUCUCUGGUCCCAAAUAUCGAUUUACUGUUCUUACAGAUCGUUUGCUGCGUUUUGAAUGGGCCGAAGAUGGCCAGUUUGAAGAUCGAGCUUCCACUUUUGCCAUCAACCGUGACCUUCCAGUACCAGAGUUUAGGAUAAUUGACAACGACGGGUUAGAAAUCAUCACGGAGCACUUUCACUUGAGCUAUGAUAAGAAGAGAUUCAGCCCCAAUGGGAUGGUUGCUCAUCUGAGCGCGAAAACGACCAAGUACGGAACCGAAUGGCGAUUUGGAACUCCGUCUACGCUCAACUUAGGAGGAACAGCAAGGACAUUAGAUCUAUGCGAUGGCCGAUGUGAUAUGGGAGAUGGAGUCCUGUCGAAAGCAGGCUUCGCUGUGAUCGAUGACUCCGAGUCCAUGCUCUUUGAUGGACAGGGCUUUGUCGCGAGCCGGCCAGCCGGAGACCGGGUAGAUGGAUACCUCUUCGCCUACGGUCGCGAUUAUAAGGCAGCGAUAAAAGCAUUUUAUGCUGUAUCUGGCAAACAGCCAGUCGUACCUCGAUACGCUUUAGGCAACUGGUGGAGUCGGUACUAUCCGUAUCGACAGGAGGAGUAUCUCCAGCUCAUGGAUAGGUUCCACGACCUGGAGAUCCCGAUGUCUGUAGCCGUUCUCGACAUGGAUUGGCAUUUAGUGUCAGACGAGCGAGUGCCACACGCUGGCUGGACGGGUUAUACAUGGAAUAAAGAGCUGUUUCCCGACCCGGCAUUGUUCGCCCGUGAACUCCACAAGCGCAACCUGAAGAUAACGUUGAAUGACCAUCCCCACGAUGGGAUUCACUCCCACGAGGAUUCUUACGAGGAGAUGGCAAAGUUCCUGGGUCAUGACACGAAACACAAAACCCCGAUACUGUUUGAUUCAACCGACCCGAAGUUCAUGGAUGCUUACCUCAAUAUUCUUCACCGAAACCUUGAAGCUGUAGCAUGCGACUUUUGGUGGAUUGAUUGGCAACAGGGGCCGUACUCAAAAAUCCCUGGAAUUGACCCCUUGUGGAUGCUGAAUCAUUUCGCUUAUCUCGAUCAUGGACGGGAUGGCAAGAUCCCGCUCAUCCUCUCCCGAUAUGCUGGCCCCGGAAGUCACCGAUAUCCCCUUGGGUUCUCCGGAGACACGGUGGUGACCUGGGCCUCACUCGAAUUUCAACCAGAGUUUACGGCGACUGCAUCGAAUAUUGGGUACGGGUGGUGGAGCCACGAUAUUGGCGGCCACAUUCACGGUGGCCGUGACGACGAGCUUGUCACCCGAUGGGUGCAGCUGGGAGUCUUUUCACCCAUCAUGCGGCUACAUUCAACAUCAUCACGGUGGAUGUCUAAAGAGCCAUGGCUCUAUCGCACCGAGUGCGGGUCUGUUAUGUCGAAAUUUUUGAACUUCCGGCACAGACUGGUGCCAUUCCUCUAUACACGGAACCUGAUCGGCGCAGACGAGGACGAGCCCCUUGUACAGCCCAUGUACUGGGAGUACCCAGGGCGUGAAGAAGCCUACUCCGUGACAAACCAAUUCUUUUUCGGGUCUGAGCUGGUAGUCGCUCCAAUUGUGCAGCCACGGGACAAGCGGACUAAUCUGGCAUCGGUGAAAGCCUGGCUGCCGCCCCGUGGAUUACACGUUGAUAUCUUCACUGGUACAGUUUACGACGGGGAUCGCGCAUUAACCUUAUAUCGCAAAUUGGAGGACUACCCUGUUCUGGCCCACGAGGGAUCAAUUAUCCCCCUGGACGCUUCCUCACAGAACGGCUGCCUCAACCCGGAUGCCUUCGAAGUUCUUAUCCUGGUUGGCAAAGAUGGUUAUACGGAGGUGCUCGAAGAUAGCCGUGACAAUAGACAGCAAGAGAGUGCUGGUGCGGUCGAAAGGCAGGUCUCCACCGUCCGGUAUAUACAGACAGACGGUAGACUUACUGCCGAGGUCACCGGAAGACUGUGGACAUUCAACUUCCUUGCCUUUACCUCUGUGCCAAAAAGCCUCAGGGUAUUGAUUAAUGGAUUUGACCGAACCGAUGAUGCCACUGUAUGGCUCGAGUGUUAUCCGCAAAGACCCGGCUUACAUGUCAAGUGUCCGUCCACGCCUAAUGAAACUUACUAUAUCACUAUCGAACUGGGGCCAAGCCCCCAAGUCGGCGUCAUAGACCACAUUCCACGUCUCGGGGAAUUGAUUAGGGACUAUCAGAUCGAGUUCCGGAUGAAGAACAUGUUGUGGGAUGUGGUGGAGGGGUUUCAGGACCGGCCGCUCAAUGUGACGAUUGGACGCUUGACCGCGCUGGGGUAUGACGAGGCGAUUGUGGGACCCAUUCUUGAGCUGCUCUUAGCAGAUAGUCGAUCGGUGAAAGUGUAGAGGGAUGGUAUUCUGAGGUUGCCAAGUUGACGGGGGUAAAUACUAUAAUGAACAGCGCCCAUUGGCCCGGGAAGUGCAAUAGCACUAAGCUGAACUCGGCUAGUCUGUUUUCCCGUUUCGAGAGGACGGUGACGUCACUGCUAUAUCGGAAGCCUUAGACAGUAGAGCGAUCUCAAUCUCGCAAUGAUACUCUGAAUACACGAUAUAGAAACAUUUACAUUUCAUAGUCAAACGAGAAAACUCAACAGACAAAGUAGAGGAAGCAAGAGCAUAGGCAGAAUCAUCGCUUCCCACCCAUAAUCCCAUACCUCCAGCCCAAAUACCCCAACACCCCCGACAAACUCCCCAUGCCAGCACUAGCAAACGCAUUCCUCCAC